AUGGACGCCAUCGAUGUAAGCAAGCAACGACAUCGACGACGGGAGCGGGCUCUUCGGAUGAUCGCGGAGCGGGACAAAGAUACGGCCGCUGAUGCCGGCCGCCAUCAUCAUCCGGAUGACAGCGCUGAUGAAGACAGUGGCCCUGUAAGCCGAGAGAAACCGCCCCGCCCCCUUGUUCGUCGUAGGAAAAAGGAAAAAGAGCCUUCGCCCAUCCUCGAAGAGGAUAUUAUAGACGGCUUCGCAAUCCUUGCCUUCAAAACUUACGAAGAUAUAGAGUUUGCUAUUAAAAUUGCCAACAAGCGCAAUGAAAAGCGCCUCUCGUCGAUCGUCGAACUGACGACGAUUAUGGUCGAGGCGAAACCACCGAAAAUCAUCGAUAGAACCUCGUCCAAGCUGGCCGCGGAGAAGUCCCUGGGCAACAGUGAUGAUCCAAUGGCGGCCGCCGCGACGGAAGUAGAGGCAGAAGCAGGAACUGCAGGAGGGACUGUCCCAAACCACCAAGAUGUGCCACUCAUCGUUGGCGUUGGCGGUCCGCCGCUCGCUUCGAACGGCACUAGUGGGGGCGUUGUCAACAGUAGUAACGCCACAUCCGACAGCAACCGAAACGGUGGUAAUAACGGCAGUAACGCCAAUAGCAGCAACAGUAACGGCGACGGAGCCGAUAGCAGCGCGACGGUGAUGGCGGGCGGUGGUUCUACGUCAAAUCUAUCUCUACCGUCGAACAUCGAUCCGGGUACGUCGGAUGACAGUGGACGGGCGUCGGAGCGACUGACAGCAUCGUCCGCGGCCCAGCGGGACCCGGAUAGUUCACGUGAUCGCCUCAGUGAUGCGAGCAGUCGCUGCAGCUCCGGCAAAGGAUAUAUCUGUGAUAGCGAGGGAGACGACGAUAAGGUAUGUAGCUACUGUAACUAAAUGACAGUGCAUGUAAGAGAGAGAGAGAGAGAGAGAGAGCGAGUAUCAAACGGACCACUGAGCAGUACUGCUACACAUUUAACGUCGCUUGGUGGUGGCAUCGGCGUCGGCGGCGUCGUCGGCGACGGUAGUGGCCAUCCGGCAGCGGCAGCCAUCGCGUCGUCGCCACAGAAGCAGCAACCGCCGCCGCUGCAACGGCACGGGUCGCCGACGGCCGCCCAACAACAACAGCAUCAGCAUCAGCAACAGCAACCUCCACAGCCGCCCCCAUCGCCGCACACGGCGGCUGGCGGCGGCGGCACAAGCAAUAAACCCCUGCUGCCGACGGCCUCGGCGAAGAUACCUACCGUGACGACGGAGGUGGGUGGCGGGGGCAGCGGCAGCAGCAGCUGCAUUAGUGCUGGGAAUGGCGGUCCACCGAGCAUCAUAACGACGGCGGGGGGACUCACCGUGUCAACCAACACCACCAGCAGCUGUAGCAGCCCCACCAGCACCAUGCCGAAGCACCUCCAUCAGCAGCCAGGAGGGACGGCGGCGGCGGCGGCGCCGUCCACGGGCAGCUCACCACAGUCGCCAGCGCAGCCGAUGGCGUCGUCCCCGGUGACGGGGAGCAGCAACACCCCAAAGCAGCAGCAGCAGCCGCCGUCGUCGUCGUCGUCGUCGUCAAGCGCCAACCCAUAUCCGCCUGCCAAUACGUCGCCCCAGCCACCGGCGGCAUCGUCGUCCUCGAAGCAGCAGCAGCAGCAGCAGUCGGCGGGCGGCUCAAACGGCAGUGCCGCGCCGCUAUCCUUCCUGCCGCCAACCUCGUCAGCGGCCGCCACUCCGGCGGCGGCGGCUGGCAGGAGCACCCCGGGCGAUUCCAUCACCACCACCCUUCUCGAUGGAUCCGCGUCCUCUGCCGAACGGUUACGCAGCAACAGCAGCCCGGCCGUGCCGUCAGUGUCGUCGGCGUCGGCGGCAGCGGCGGCGGCGGCCGCUACGCUACUAAACGGUAGCCAUGCAGCGGCGGCGGCGGCGGCUGCGGCGGCGGCAGCGGCCGCAGUCGGCCACCCGUCGCUGAUGAUGGCCAACGGGCUGGGCAGCCUGCCACCCCACUACCACCAUCGCGCCUACCCCAGCUACCCGCUCUACUCGCCGUACGCCAGCUUCCAGCACAACCCCUACCUGCCCCCGUCGGUCGUCACCUCGCCGAAUCUAUCGCCUCGCAUGCAUCCCGCCCUGGCGCCCAUGCCUCCCCACCACCCCCACACGCUGAUGGGGCUCAGCCUAAUGGACCCGACCCGGUUGCAGCCGCAACCGGGUGGACUAUCGGCGGCAGCGGCGGCGGCGGCGGCGGCGGCAGCGACUACGGCGGCUCCAACGAACAACGGGCCGCCGCCGCCGCAUGGGGGUUCCAGCAGUGGCGGCCUUCCCCGUAGCAGCGAUCCCUCGACGUCGACGUCAUCGUCAUCGUCUCCCCUCAUCACCGUGUCCGCCGCCGGCGCAGCGACGGCGGGGGCCAACGCAUCUCAGCCGAAGAUACGGCCCAUUACCCCGAGCUCCAGUAAUAGCUCCUCGUCCUCGUCCUCGUCGUCAUCCUCGCUGUCAUCGUCGUCAUCCGGUUCCGUCACGAUCGUGUCCAGCACGGCGGCGCCCCCACCGCCGCCCUCCACCAGCGGCGCUCUCCAUGCUCUGGCGGCGGCGGCGGCGACGACCGGCGGAAGCGGGCGGAUGGCGCCUCACCACCCGCACGCGCUGGGCCCCGGUGGGUCACCGGGACUGCACCCACAACACCACCAUCCCCAUCACCAACACCACCUGAGCAGCAGCAGUAGCAGCAGCAGUAGCAGCAGCAGCAGCAGCAGCAGCUGUAGUAGCGGCGGCGGCGGCGGUGGUGGUGUCAGCAUAGCCGUCUCCUCACGUCCACACUCGCCCCGCGGUCACAGUCCGAACCGGGAACGAGAUAGCUAUAGUAGUAACGUAAGUAGUUUAUCCCGCUCGACGCCCGGCUCCACGAUACCUGUUGCUGCUGCGUCGGCGUAUGGUUUGGGUUCGGCGGCUGCGUCGGCCGCUCCCCCUGCCCACGGCGGGCCAGGUCCUGGGGGAGGUCAGUCACCCGCACCACUGCCCACGUUCGUCACUGCCGCCGCCGGUGGUCUGCCGCACUCGGUAGCGCUCGCCGUCUCGUCGGCCGCCAUGUCGGCCGUUUCUUCUAGUCUCACCUAUCCUAAGACAACUCUGGCGAUUGGCGGCGUCAUCGGUGGCGGCGGUGGCGGCGGCGGUGGCGGCGGCGGCUUGCUGAUGUCGUCCUCAGUCGGCGGAGGGGUGCCACCGUGUUGGUCAGGGUCGCACUUGCAACACCCGCAACAGCAGCAGCAGCACCCAGCGCUACCACCGCAUCAUCCGCACCAUCACCACGCCGCUCACUCUCCAGCGGCGGCGGCCAACAUGAGUACACCCGGCGGCUGCAUCAUCAUCAGCGCCACUGCGGCGGCGGCGGCGGUGACCGUGUCCGCGGCUUCGGCGGCCUUUUCCGCCUCGUCGCUCUUCGCCACACCGCCCGUGCCACCGCUCGCUUCUGCCACCAGUACGAGCAGCUCCUCCUCAUCUACUACACCGGGGAUGGGCGGGGGGCCACCGGCACUCGUUUCUGACCAAGCGGACAUGCUGCGGCGCGAACUGGACAACCGGUUUCUCGACCGCAGCGGCCUGACGGCGGCGGCGGCCGCGGCUGCAGCCGUGGCAGCGGUUGGCCCCGGACCCGGACCGGGGCCACCCUACCUGCGCCAGGAGCUCCACCACCACCAGCACCAGCACACGCACCUCCACCAGCACCAGUCGAUGCUGCCGGCCGGGGCGGGCGGCGCCCCCGGUGCCCUCUUCCCGCCGCCCCUCUUCAAGGACGUGCCGAAGAUCGGGGCCGUCGACUCGCCGUUCUACCGCACCGGGCUCGGCGGUAUGCCCAACGCGUACGCCGGCUACCCACCCGGUCUGCUACACCCCGGGCUCAGCGGCCCGACCCAGUUCGUGCCUCCGAGUCACCUACAGUCCUUCGUACCGAAGGUAUGUUCGUCCACCCAGACCCCCCCCCCCGCGGCUCCGGUCGAUCCGAGCAAGAAGAAAACGGGAAAAUGGAACGCGAUGCACGUGCGAAUUGCGUGGGAAAUCUACCACCACCAGGCGAAGCAGAACCCGGACAAGGUGGCGUCGAUAAAGACGGCGUCGGAGAUGCUGCGGCCGCCGUCGCACAUGUACCCGUCGUCCGCGGCGGCGGCAGCGGCAGCGGCUGCCGGGCUCGUGCGGCCGCACGAUCUGCCGUCGGCCACCUUUCCACCGGGAGGCCUCCCGGGGCGGCCUGGACCGUACGAGUCCGCCCCGCUGCCCCCGAGCUUCAUGAGCUCCCCGGCUAGUCAUAUAGGUGUAUCCCCGUUUGGCCGGUACGCAUCACCGUAUGGGGGCUCCCCGUUCAGCGGCCUGUCGCCCUUCUCGCGCGACCUUCCCAUGGGUUCGCAGAUACCAGGCUCCCUGCAUGAUCCCUGGCGCAGUGCAAUGCCGCGCAGCGUGAGCGGUGGAUACCAACCGGGGCAGGCGACGAGUGGCGGUUCGUGGCUACCCAUCAAGCAGGAUCCAGGACUGGCAGCGGCGGAAACGGCGCGCCGCGAAGCGGAAGAGCGCGAGCGGCAACGGGAACGAGAGGAGCGUGAGCGGCAGCGGCGUGAGCGCGAGGAGCGCGAGAAACAGCGGGAGCGCGAGCGCGAGGAGAAGCUGCGCAAGGAGCAGCAGGAGCGGGAGCGACAGCGCGAACAGGAACGGGAGCGCGAGCGGAAGGAGAAGGAGCGGCGCGAGAUGGAGCGGCGGGAGAUGGAACGCGAACGGAUACUGCACCAGCAGCAGCGCGAAUCGAAGGCAGCGGCGGCGGCGGUUGCCGUGGCGGCGGCGGCGGCGGCUUCGCUCAAACGGGACCGGUCGCCGCUGCGCAAUGGCACCGGGCCGCCCACCGACCACCAGCAGCUGGUGGACAUUCGGAUCAAGGAGGAGCCCCGCAAGGACGAAACGGAGCUGCUGAUGCGAAGCCACGCGGCGGCGGCGGCCGCCGCAGCGGCCGCUGCCAGCGAACCCCGCUACCACCCGUCGAUGAUGCCGCACCACCCGUACAUGACCGGGCGGCUACCGGCGGCGCACAUGCUACCGGGCGGCCACCUAUCGCGCACGAUGCUGCCCCCGACGAUGGGGCUGCCGGCACACUUUCCGCCCCCGCAUGGCAGCUGGGGGCCGGACCCGUUCCGGGACUAUCGGUUCGAGUCGCUGCACCAUCAGCUCCGCUACAAUCCCAUGUCGAACCCGAUCAUGGACGCAUACCGUGCGGAGGAAGCGAAGGCGUCGCUGUUGUACGCGGCGCAAACGGCCGUUCACUAUCGGGGCAAGGAGCCUAGCCCGGUGCCGCCACCCCAUCAACCCGUCAGCGUCAGCAUCAACCACAAACCAUCCCCUGGGUCCGCUGGUGGUGGCGGUGGCGGUAGCGGUAGCGGUGGUGCCCCAGGUGUUGGCGGACCGCCAACGAAUGGUGGGCCUGCGGGUGGUGGUGGUUCGUCGUCGGGUGCCGGUGUUCCAUCGGCGCCCCCGUCAGCUUCCUCCUCACUUGACAUGCACAAGAAGGACGACUCCUCUCAGUCCCGAUGA